AAAAACACAAAACGUCAAGAAGAGAAAAGCAAAUUAGAUUUUGUGUACAAAAAUUUUCUUUUCAUGGCUUUUUCCAUCAUCAAACGUUGAUUUAUAUAAAAAUUUUCUUAAAAUAUUUUACUUAAAGCACAAUUUUCCACAUUUAAUUAAUUAAAAACAGAAAAACUAAAGCCAUCCGCCAUAAAAAAAGAAAAGAAAAUAAGAACUCGCUCGUGCUUCGCUUCCUCCAUCGCGUUUUUAUGAAUUUCUUUUGUAUUUUUUAUUAUUUUCUUAAGAAAAAUCAUUUAAAAAGUUUUAUUAGCUUUUUUUUCGAAAAUUUUUCUUCUCUAAAUUAAAUAAUUUUCUGGGGAAAUGUACAAAAGCAUUCCGCAAAAGUGGCGUUUGUAAGCGAUAAUUUGAGUUUUGAGCGUUAUUUCCUCCAAAAAAUGCAGCAAGUGGAUGACCCACCAUCGUUACCCGUUGGAACGGAGGUAAGCGCAAAAUAUAAAGGAGCCUUUUGCGAGGCAAAAGUUAGGAAGGUAGUUCGCAAUAUAAAGGUGAAGGUCGCCUUCAAGCAUGGCCUUGGAUCGGGCGUCGUCUCAGAUGACGCCAUCAAGUCGGGACAGCUCCGCGUGGGCUCGACUGUCGAAGUCAAGCACCCCGACCGACGCGAGAACGUCGAGGGCACGGUUAUGAAGAUACAGGACUGCUCCCAGUACACGGUGGUGUUCGAUGACGGCGACAUCACCACCCUCAGACGCACAGCCCUCUGCUUGAAGAGCGGCCGGCACUUCAACGAAAGUGAGACACUAGACCAGCUCCCGCUGACCCAUCCCGAACACUUCGGGAAUCCCGUGGUGGGCGGCCGCAGAGGAAGACGCUCGCGGCACCUCCACGACGACAGCUCGGAUGAGGAUGACGAGAGCGAUGCGAAGGAGGUGAUCAACGAGAAGGAGGAGAACAUCGGGAAGGUGGUGUGCGUCGAAUCGACGGACAGCAAGAAGAAGGACAAGGAAAAGUGGUUCCCGGGCCUGGUUGUGUCUCCAACGGCACAAGUCACGGUACGCAUUCGAGUCAAGGAUGAAUAUUUGGUGCGUUCUUUUAAGGACGGACGCUACUACACUGUCCCCAAGAAGGAGGCCAUGGAGUUCACCAGAGAACAGGCUCACAAACAAGAUAACGCUGCUGUCCAGGCGGCUUUGGAGUACUUAGACAGCGAUAUACUGCCCACACAUUGGGAUCGAGAUUCGCUCUUUGGGCUGGCGAACUCCUCCAGCGAAUAUGAGGAAGCCGAUUCGGACAGUUCCGAUGAUGAGCCAAGCGAGGAGAAGGACCUGUUCAUAGCUCAAUUGUAUAAAUACAUGGAUGACCGUGGAACUCCCCUGAACAAAGUCCCUUCCAUCCAAAACCGCGACGUUGAUUUCUACCGCCUGUUUAGGGCUGUUCAAAAACUCGGUGGCUAUAACCGUGUGACAACUCAGAACCAAUGGAAGUCCAUCACCAUUCGGUUGGGCUUCACUCCGAUCACCGUCAGCGUGACUAACCUUGUGAAGCAGGCCUACAAGAAAUUCCUGCAGCCCUACGAGGACUUUCACAGGAAGUUGGGAUGCUCCAUGAUAAUGACGCCUCGCAAUGCCAACCGCACUAAAGGCCGCAGCUUGGUCCGAGCCAAUUCCGUAGCCUCACCAAAACCAGCGGACACAAGCAAAGAAGCAAAACCCAGCACUUCUUCGAUUCCAGUCCCAUCGACUUCGGCAGCUGUUGUCGUGAAUCCCCCGCCGACAAACGACGAAUCGGAGAACACAAGUGAGUCGAGUGUGGAGGUGACGGUGGCCAAGGCUGCGACUAAGAGGAAGUCCUCUGUCGGAGCAGGAAAGGUCAAGAGUCUGGUGGAGAAAUUCGAGGAGAAGGCUAAGGAAGAAUGUGACAUACCGCUGGCGAAGAUUCAGAAAAGCAGUCAACGCUCCACCGAGAGGAAGAGCUCAGAGACGCCCAACACAACCCGAGAGAACUCCCCGACAGGUUCUAUUGGGCCAACAAUUAAAAAAGAGAAACAAAAGAAACCGCCACAGGAAGAGAAACGCGGACCGAAACCGAAGAAAAAAGAGGAGACCCAGGAGAAGGUCGAAGUUGGUGAUUUCCCAGUCGAAGUUGGGGACAAGUUGAAGGUCUACUACCACGAAAAAAAGGUCACCUACGAGGCGAAGGUCAUUGAAAUUUCAGUGACCAAAGGAUCUCCUCUCUACUUGGUCCAUUACACCGGCUGGAAUAACCGUUACGACGAGUGGGUGCCUCGGGAACGCAUCGCCGAGAACCUCACCAACAAUAAGCUCAAGAAAACGCGCGUCGGAGGAGCAUCCUCGGAUAAGGGUAAAACAGAGAAAUCCGAGAACCCGCCGAAGCCGCCGUCAGUCAUCUCCCCGGGACCAGGAAAAACCCCGACUUCGUCUGUGAAGCGAGGUCGUGGUCGAAGUGACUCGCAGCCGCCUCGUUCCACGACUCCCUGCUCAGUAGCAUCGAAUUCGAGUCGCACAAAGUCGCCAGCGGCCUCAAGCGCCCGGAAGAAGACCCCACGAACCAUUCCGAAUUCGAUGAGACGCACUUCAAACAAUGUAUCGGAUGUCUCGAUGCAGACUUCGUCGGAUAGCGACUCUGAUGAACCAGUCCGGAGGCCAACACGAGCCACAAGGGACUCCAAGGGUAAGGGAACGCAGGCUUCUCGAGGAAAGUCCCCCGCCUCGGUAACCGCCACCUCGACAAAGUCCAACAGCGCCAGCGAGAGUGAUGAGGACGAGGAGGCCGAUGACGAGGAGAUGCCUGAAACAUCGAGUUCCAACGCCAAGGGACGUGAUUAUGAUCUCAACCAAAUCAGGUCGGAGCUGAAGGGUUUCCAGGAACUGAAGUCGCCCACUUCCGAUCCAGAGACCGAUACUGCCGACCAGCAGGACUCGAAGUCGGAGUCUCUGUUCGACUUCAAGCCCAAGGAAGAGGAGUCUUCGGACCAGAAGCACGACGAGACGACAAAGUCAUCCGAUUCGGACUCAUCCUCGGAUGGCACAGAUUCCUUCGCCGAUGACGAUUCCCAGUCCUCGGAUAAGACAACAACCUUGGAGAAUAUGACAGAGAAGUUGCAACUGAAAAUCAACGCCGACAAGAAGGCUUUGUUGGAGAAGUUUCCCUUGGGAAAGGCUCCCGAAAAGGCCGGUCCCUCCAGAAUUGAGAAGAUCAUCAAAGAAUCCCUCGCCGAGAAGCGGCAGGAGAGCCUCAAGGCGAAACCAUUCAUUGCUGAGGAAUCGCUGAAAGUGGUGAAAACCGAAGUGAAGCUGGAACCCAUCGAGACUGUUAAUGCGCCAGCCCCACCAGCAGCAACUCAAGUGGACAAGAAACCCUUCCCCAUGAUCUUGGAAUCUGCGACCAAGCCGACCGUCAACCUCACUCGAAUCGGCAAGUACCCGGUGAUUAUGGACAAGCCAUUGGUCAUAAAGGAGGAUCCAUCGGAGCCUGUCUCGGACCCUCUGAAGCUAGAGGAACCGGUUGACGUGAAGGAGGUUGUUCCAGCUCCACCACCGCCGCAACCAACUCCCGAUAUUUACGAGUUCAAGGAACCGGAGCCAUUUGAGUUUGAAGCUCGCAAGACACCCACAGCAGCGGCAGCGGGAACCUCGGAAGCCAAGAAGAAGGCCAUCACAGCAGCAGCUCCGAAACCAACUCCUCCAGAGCAGCCGUCGGUUUCUCCACUCUCGGCCACCUUCGGAAAGAAGAAGAAGGCUUCGCCCAUCAAGGAAUCACCCGAGAAGCCAAAGCAGAUGAAGAUGGACGACAAGAUCUCUCUGUCCAGCCUCUCGGCGGCCAUGAGCAACUUGCUAACUCCCCAGAAGAACGAAACAACCUUGUUCGAUGCCCUUCGCAAGUCACCGAGCUUCAAUUUGAAUUUCAACGCUCUCCACGAGGAACUUGCGACCACAGUUCAAGAAACGACUCGAGCUUUGACUGAUGUCCCGCCGCCUGAGCAAUUGACACCUACCAAGUGUGGCAGUGGAGAGGAGGCCACAGACAGCGCCGCUAGAGUUGUGGGAAGUCCCUUUAUCGAGACUACUUGUGAUCUGUCCAACGUCUUCGAGCUUAACCAGGACGCCGAUGGACUGACUAGCAGCGACGAAGCCAAGGACAACAAAUUCGAGCUGGAAAACGUGAAGAUUCUCCUCUGCGAUUCUUCAUUCGACUUGGAACCCAUCAAAGUGGAGAAACCUUCGUCCAUAGCUGACAAAGUUUUGAGGGCCAUCAGCCAGAAGAAGGAAGAGGAAGAGAAGAACAAGUGCGAGGUCCCUGUGAAGAUCGAAGCCGACGUUAAGCCGAAAGUGUUGCUGAAGGAGGAGGACGUCAAGAUCGACGAGGACAAUCUGCCGAGCACCAGCAACAGCAGCACUAGCAAUAGCAACAGCAACAGCAGCAGCAGUGCCGUCAGUACUUCGCCGUUCAUAACCGAACCACCGAAGAUCGAAGACGUCACGUGCACGCUGGUGAAGAGCGAAUUCGAGCUGACGCCCAAGCGCUCGUUGCUCACCAGUCCCGAACCCAAAAUCGGAAUUCUUGAGUCGAUCCCAGUCAAGAACAACGUUCUCAACGAGACCAUCCAGAAGCUGGAGUGUGCAAUCCAGAAGACAACGGCGGCGCCAAGCGUCGACCACUUUGUCGAGGAGUCGUCGGACAGCAACGACUCGGAACAGAGGUUGAUCAUUGAGGAUGAGGACGAUCGUUCGAUUUCGGAGACUUCGCGCACAAUGACUCCGGUGGAAGUGAAACAACCACAAGAAGUCAAAAAGCCCGAGGAACCAGGAAAAGCGGUGGUGCCUUCAGUUGUGGAGGCGGAAUCAAGAACGGAGGAGGUCGAGAACAACAAGAAGAAGGAUGAACCUGUUCAGGUUGAGGUAGAGAAACAGGUUGAACUUCCUGUCUCGGAUUCAGUUUCUGUCUCCGUUUCUGUGCCUGCUCCUCCGGCUUCAAUUUCUGUUACCGUUCCAGCUCCUUCCAUUCCUUCUUCCAUUGUGGCCGUACCUUCGCCUGUAACAAUACAACAGGUGCAGUCGGUGCUACCGCAACCCAAGCUCCCGUCCCCGGUUCCCGUUAAACCGCUUGUCGUGCCGAGUAUCUUCAAUCUUCCUCAAACCUUCUAUUCCGACCCGAACCUCCAGCCAGAGGAUGGAGUAAAACCGAUCUUUGAUAUAAGACCCGUGGAGGUGUGCGCAUCGCAGCCUCCCGAGAGGCCACAGCUCGAGCCAGUGUCGAUAAUCGAGCAGGUCGUAGCAGUUCCACAGCAGCAACAAGCCCAACAACAGCAGCAGCAACUUGACAUCAAGAAGGACGAUCAGGCGGCCGAGAGCCUGAAUCUGCACACAGAAUCGAUAAACCUUCUCCUUUGUGAGGAAACAAUCCCCGGAAGUCCAUGUUCGAUGGUGGGCAAGGAUGUGCUGGAUCCUUUGGCCAUCUGCCGAAGCAAUUCCCAUCCGACUGAGUCGGAUAUAAAACCAGUUCCCAUGGACAUCGAGUGCUCCACUCCGAUGAGUAAGCCUCCGCCUCCCAUGGAAGCCCCAAUGAAACCGGGACCAACGCCCAACAGUUCGCCCAACGACUCUGCCAGUCAAGACGAGAGUGGCGAGGAGCUGAAGAAGCAAGUGGACAUCGAGAACGAGGUGUCGCCCAAGAAGAGGCGUCGCACCCGUAAGCAGUCCGAAAUGAUGAUGGAAACUCAGGCCAAGCGAAGGCGACCCUUAGCCAACGUCAAAAAGAAUAAUGGUUCCGAUAGUGAGGACAAUUCUGAUACCAUAUCCCAGCGUUCGUCAUCUUCACGCCACAACAGACCUUGCCAAUAUAAUUUCCUCGUGCAAUUGGAUCCCACAAUGAAUCCUGAUCAGAGGAUAGCUCUGCUCCUCAAGCAAAUCCAAGACCUCCGGAAGACCUACAACAUGAUCAAAGGCGACUUGGCAAGCAUCGACCGUCGACGCAAGAAGAUGCGUCGAAGGGAACGCGAGAAGAAACAAAUGCAGCUCCAUCAACAAGCUAUCAAGAUAAAUUCCUAAGAAAGGAAAAACGGAAAAUGGAAAAUGUAGAGAUUUCGGGCGCCCAAGAGCGUGAUGUAGUUUUUAGUAGAAUCUAUUUUAUGGCGUUGAAAUCACACGACAAAUCGUGGCAGACUUUUUUUUAUUUUACAUAUAUAUAAAUAUUGAUAGGGAGAUAUUUUGUUAGAUAUUAAUUUAUACAUAUAUACGAGAAAACAUAAAACA